ACAAUACUACAGCCUAACCAACGCGACUGCCUCGAUAUAACUCGACGAAAGACGCCAAGCUUUCCCUGCCAAACGCUUCCGUUGCAUUUGCAGCGUUCGUUUACAUAUUAACGUUUUGGAGCGUGUAGCUCCCGCAUAAACCGCAUAAUCUGAUGCAUGUGUCGGGUCUCAUGUCGCUCAUCGACCCGCCCGGUUCGGAGUUAAGGAUUCUUUGUCACGAAGUAGAACAUUAACCCAAGAAGGUUAAACGGCUUUAACAGCAGCGUGAAGCGGAUGAGUUUUCACUCUCUGUGGAGGGACGGGCUUGGACGCGUGCUCAGGAAUCCACUAGAUGCUGAGUGUCCAGAUACACGCUUGGAUCAAUUGAAGACAUGGGGGAAAAGAAGGACAAAAAUGUUGAUGCAGAAGACCAUGGAAAAGGACCGCGCUCACCGAAAUUAUGUGGCACUAACUACCCAGUUAGCAUUGCCUUCAUUGUGGUCAACGAGUUCUGUGAAAGAUUCUCUUACUAUGGAAUGAAAGCGGUGCUCACCCUUUACUUCAUCCACUACCUACACUGGGACAAGAAUCUCUCUACAGCCGUGUACCACGCUUUCUCAAGCCUGUGUUACUUCACACCGCUUCUAGGCGCCCUGAUAGCCGACUCGUGGUUGGGGAAGUUUAAAACUAUCAUCUAUCUGUCUAUAGUCUAUGUGAUUGGUCAUGUGGUUAAGUCUGUCGGUGCCAUACCUGAUGUGGGGGACAGCACUGUUCAUGUGGUUUUGUCGAUGCUUGGUCUGGUCCUCAUAGCUUUUGGGACAGGAGGGAUUAAACCAUGUGUUGCAGCAUUUGGUGGCGACCAGUUUGAUGAAGAGCAUACAGAAGAGAGGAGAAAAUUCUUCUCCAUCUUUUACAUGUCAAUCAAUGCUGGAAGUGUCCUGUCCACCGUCAUCACACCAAUACUAAGAGGCGACGUGAAGUGCUUUGGAGGAGAUUGCUACGCCCUGGCCUUUGGAGUUCCUGCAGCUUUAAUGGUCAUUGCCUUAGUGGUGUUUAUCGCUGGGAGUGGAUUAUAUAAGAAAAGUCCUCCAGAAGGAAAUGUCCUGGUGCGUGUCUGCAAAUGUAUUGGGUUUGCUAUACGCAAUCGAUGGAAGAAUUCCAAGAAGAGCCCAAAAAGGAGUCACUGGCUUGAUUGGGCUGAAGAGAAGUACUCUAAGCGGCUCAUUCAGGAAAUUAAAAUGGUGUUCAGGGUGCUGGUUCUCUAUAUUCCAUUGCCCAUGUUUUGGGCUCUCUUUGACCAGCAGGGUUCACGCUGGACUCUGCAGGCCACUCGAAUGAACAUGGAUUUUGGUGGAGGCUUCAUAUUAAAGCCUGAUCAAAUGCAGAUGCUGAAUGCUUUGCUGAUUCUGGUGUUCAUUCCGAUCUUCGACAUGGGCAUAUACCCGCUGAUAGGGCUGUGUCGGAUUAAACUCACUCCACUAAGAAAGAUGGCUGCAGGCAUGAUCCUCGCUGCACUUGCAUUCUGUGCCGCAACUCUCGUAGAAAUCAACGUUAUCAAAACCGUUGUGGAGCCACCUCCUGCCAAAGAAAGUCUUGUUCAGGUUUACAAUCUUAUGGAAUCGGAGGUCACUGUGCGGUUUCCAGGACACGCUAUCCUCUCAGAUCCACUUACAUCAUAUGAGGAUCCUUCGGGAUACACAAGCCUUCCACUCACUGGCGAAUCCCAGCUCUACACGGUUACUGUCAGUCACAAGGGGACCGAACACCAGUGCGGACUCACCUUCACAGAGCGGACUGCUUACAGUCUCUUCCUGUACACUGCACCAACCGGUGACGCCGUAUGCAAACUGGUGAAAGAUCACAUCAGCAAAUCUGAGACUGGGGCUGCUUAUCUAAGGUUUAUCAACACUCACACAGAGAAUAUCAACAUAACCGUUGGCACUGAGGAGUUUUAUGCAGCUGCUAAUUAUGGGAUUUCUCAAAAUAUUAGUGUGCCUAGGGGAGAACACAACGGUGUUGUUUGCGAAACAAACUCGGACCAAUAUCAAAUCGACCUGGGACUUCUUGAUUUCGGUGCCUUCUAUACUGUCAUACUCUCAAAGGAAAGUGAUGGGCUAGCAUUCAAAAAGAUGGAGGAUAUCCAGGCCAACGAUAUUCACAUUGCAUGGCAGGUUCCUCAGUAUGUUUUCCUCACUGCUGGAGAAGUCAUGUUCUCCAUCACUGGUUUGGAGUUCUCCUACUCGCAGGCGCCGGCAAGCAUGAAGUCUGUUCUCCAGGCGGGAUGGCUUAUGACUGUGGCAUUUGGAAAUGUCAUUGUACUGAUUGUGGCAGAGGGAGCUGGGAUGGAACAGUGGACAGAGUUCCUACUUUUUGCUGGCCUUUUGGUGGCUGUCAGCAUCAUCUUCUCCAUCAUGGCCUAUUUCUACACUUACGUGGAUCCGGACCAGCUUGACAAGAUUUUCAGAGAGGACCCAGAUGAUGAGAAGAUGGAAAGUUCUGAAAGUGCUUUUGGGUUUGUGAGCCAAAUGAACAGGAAUGAGAUGAGGUCCGAAGGGAACCACGAAGGAGACAGACUUCGAAGUUUUUAACAGUCCGCUGGAGUCGCGUUUUCCCAGCUCUGCUCUGGGCUGGUCUGCAAGCGAGGCCAUGCCUUCAGUAUCAUCUCUCCUCUUCUCCAAACAAGCCUUUACUGCCAAGUUCAAAUACUGCAUGUUUUCAUCGUGUGAAG